AUGACAUCCAAGACCCUCGCGGUUGCGGCAUCGUUGAUAGCUUCGAAUUUCAUUAUAAUGGCCCCGACUGUCGUCAACGCCUCUCCGCCCAGCACUAAGGACGUCACUGCUGUUCUUUUCAAGUCGAACUACGAUUCCGUCGCCAGGGAGUGCGCCAGAACUCUCGGUACUGCGGGUUACGGAUAUGUCCAAGUCUCCCCACCCGCCGAACACAUACAAGGCUCGCAGUGGUGGACAUCGUACCAGCCCGUGUCGUACAAGCUCGCGGGACGCCUGGGCGACCGAGGAUUCUUCCUGAACAUGGUUAAAACCUGCCAUUCGGCCGGCGUGCGGGUGAUCAUUGACAUUGUCAUCAACCAAAUGACGGCGGGCAGUGGCACCGGCACCGGCGGCUCGUCGUACACCAAGUACAACUACCCGGGCCUCUACUCAUUCUACGACUUCGACGACUGUACCUCCCAGAUCACCAACUACGUUGACCGCUGGAAUGUCCAGCAUUGCGAGCUUGUCGGCCUGGCCGACCUGGACACCAAUGAAGACUACGUCCGCGGGGCAAUCGCCGGCUAUAUGAACGACCUGCUCAGCCUCGGUGUUGACGGCUUCCGUAUCGAUGCGGCCAAGCAUACAGCAACCGAAGACCUUGCUAAUAUGAAGAGUCGACUGGCCAAUUCAAGCGUCUACUGGAAGCAGGAGGUCAUUUACGGCGCUGGAGAAGCGGUUCAGCCCACCGAGUACACUGGUAAUGGCGACGUGCAGGAGUUCCGCUACGCUUUUGACCUCAAGCCUGUCUUCAACAACGAAAAACUCGCCUACCUAAGGAACUACGGGGAGGGCUGGGGGUACAUGAGCAGCUCGGUCGCCGGCGUCUUCGUUGACAACCACGACACUGAGCGCAACGGCGAAACUCUCAGAUACAAAGACAACGCCAAGUACACCCUGGCUACUGUAUUCAUGCUCGCGUACCCCUAUGGCGCUCCGGAUAUUAAGUCUGGCUACGAAUUCUCAGACACUGACGCUGGACCGCCUUAUGACGGGGCCGUCAACGCCUGCUGUCAGGACUCCUGGAAGUGCCAGCACGCCUGGCCGGAGAUCAUGCGCAUGGUAGCCUUCCGCAAUGUCGUGCGUGGCCAAGGGGUGACGAACUGGUGGGACAAUGGCAACAACCAGAUCGCCUUCGGAUGGGGCAACCAGGGCUUCGUCGCCAUCAAUAAAGAGGACAGCUUACUGACUCAGACCCUCCAGACGUCACUACCUGCGGGCAAGUACUGUAACGUGCAGAGCAACAGCGCCGUGACGGUCAACUCGAGCGGGCACUUCACAGCCACUCUGGGCCCAAACACCGCUCUCGCUAUCUAUGCCGGGAAGUCAUCCUGCUGA